AUGGAGAGUGCAGGUACUUCAUAUCCUAGGGAUAAGUUUUCCAGUGGAUAUAAAACAGCAUUCUCACUAUACCAAGAAGAUAUACAGAAUGGAACAAUUUUGAGUUACAAUGAAAAACUUGAUGAAAUCCUUAAGAAUGUGAUGGUUACUAAAUCAGUUGUUGAAUUAACAGGACAUUCUGGAUCUGGAAAGACUCAGUUAUGUUUCCAGUUAUGCAUCUCAGUCCAGCUACCAAAAUUUAUUGGUGGAGUUGGAGGGCAAUCCCUCUAUAUAAGCACUAACUUUAAUUUCUCAGUUGAGAGGCUAGGAGAAAUGGCAAGAAACUUUGCACACCUUUAUGACAAUAUUAAAGGUGAUAAUUCCUUUCAAUUCAAUGAGAAAAUAAUUCUGAGGAAUAUACAUUUUGUGAAAAUUGAUUCUGCUAUUGAGUUGAUUGGAUGCUUAGCUCAAUUGGGUAAUUUUUUGUCACACAAAAAUAUUAAACUAGUAGUUAUAGAUAGUAUAUCAAAUCCACUCAGAAAAUUAGAAGCUACAAAUAGGUUGAAUAUAAUCAGUAAAAUAUUCAUGGAACUAAAAUCUCUAGCUGAUAAACAUGACUUCGCAAUUGUUAUAACUAAUGAUAUGACCACCAGAGUGAAUGGUGAUAUUGCCUUGACAGUGCCAUCAUUUGGUGAUAGUUUUUAUCAUCUUGUGAAUUCUCGAAUUAUUCUCUCAAAAUCACACACCUAUUUUCACGCCCACCUUAUUAAAAGCUCACUGAUGGGACCAAAGGAAGUGUAUUUUCAAUUGUGA